GGGGCUACGCGAUCAAGAUCACUUGACAAGCGCAGGCGACACUCACUCUUGGCAGGCCCAAGUGGAAGAAGAAUACAACACGUCAACGACGAGACGAUCACUUGAUUUAAUAUAAACCCCAUCGAACCCAACAAUUCCUUUGUGCUGCGCACCAUCACGCCUAGUAAUCAACCUACCCUCAAAACUUCAAUUCUUCGCCAUGGAUCACAAAUCAGUCUCGUCUCGAGUACGAGACCUCGCCAAGUUUCUAUCAACAGUCAAAGGCGACCUCUCCAACAUCACCGGCCCGCCGCACCUCCUGGCCCCGUCCUCCGUCGUCGAAGUAGGCCACUGCUGGGCCCAACGGCCCUCCGUCUUCGCCGCGCCCUCGCUCGAGUCCGACCCCGAAAAGCGCAUGCUCCUCGUCCUGCGCUGGUUCCUCAUCGCUUUGCGCAGCCAGCUCUACAUCGGCUCUACCGGUUCCAAGAGCAGCAGCAUCCGCAAACCGCUCAACGCCUUCUUGGGCGAGCUCUUCUUGGCGUCCUGGACCGACGCCGAGAAGAAAUGCACCACCACGCUCGUCUCGGAGCAAGUCAGCCACCACCCGCCCAUCACCGCCAUGCACGUCAGCGACGCCGAGCACGGCAUCCGCUCGACGGGGUACGCGCGCGUCGAAAUGACGUUCAAUGGCACCGUCAACAUCCGCCAGGUCGGCAACGCCGUGCUGCAUAUCGAUCGGUUUGAUGAGGAUUACCUGAUUCCGCUGCUGGACGCCAAGGUCCGCGGCAUCCUGUCCGGGUGCAUGUACCCGGAGGUGCUGGGUACGUAUUCCAUCAUUGGCAGCAGCGGGUACCAGGCCGAGGUCCGGUUCACGGGCGAGGGCAUGAUUCGGGGGAAGCGCAACUCGUUUGAAGCGCGAGUGUUCCAUAGAGAUGAUCCCUCGAAACAGACGCUGUAUGAAGUCAAGGGGUGCUGGAGCGAAGGAGGGUGGACGGUGCGCGAUCCGCGCAUGGGCGAGACGGUGGAGGUGUAUGAUAUUGAUGCGCCUGAGAACCAGCCGGUGCCGAUUGUGGUUGAUUCACUGGCCGAGCAAGAUCCGUGGGAGUCGAGGAGGGCGUGGGAGGGCGUAUUUAGGGGCAUGGCGGAGGGCGAUAUGCGGAUGGUGUUGAAUGAGAAGACGAGGAUCGAGCAGGCGCAGAGGAAGAUGAGGGUUGAGGAGAAGGAGAGGGGGAUUGUGUGGGAGCCUCUGUUCUUCAAGAGCGUGCAGCCCGAGGAACAUGAGGUCUUUCAUCGGUUAACGGAGGGGACGGGACUGAAGUUGCUUAGUGAACGGACGAAGGGGGUGUGGAAGCCGGAUUUGGAGAGGAUCAAGAAAGCGCAGAGGCCAUUUAGGCUGGGUGUUACACCUUUGGGGUACUGUUGAUUGUGUGGGACAUUCAUUUGGAGCAUGUUCAUGGUUUUUUGAUGUUGUUGUUUUUUGUUGGGUUGCAGGAUAUAUGGAGCGUCGGCGUUUAGGCAUGGGGGUUGUUAUGCGCUAUGAAUAACAAAUCUACAGAUAGUCCGUUAGUGCGGUUCGAGAACAUAGCCAACGUCACGAUUUAAACGGCCAUAAACACACAUUGAAAUCUCCUUUGUUGAUCCUGAAAAUCCUCGAACAUAU